CCCUUUCUCUCUCGUACGUCUCUUUCAUCUCUCUCCCGUUCUCACCUCUUCCUCAACUUCUUUCUACGAUUUCAUCUUUUUAGAGCACGAUUUCAGAAAAAGUUCAGGAAUUAAAGUUUCUCUACGGAGCAAGAGCUUCCUAUCUAUCCAAGAAAAAUCACCAUCGGAUCACUUUGGAGCUCUUUACCUUUUUCGGGUUGCUUGAUUGGAUGACCAAGCAUUUGAGGAAUCGUGAGAUCAAGCUUGGAGGGAGGUUUUCUUAGUAGAAAUCGUGUGUUCCAAGUUGGAAGAGGAAUUUCUUUGGUGGGUUCGAUUUUGAGGUCUAGGGUUUGGAGGAUCUUUUGGGUUUUGCUCAAAACUCACGAGACGAAGGGAAUCGAAGCUAGGGUUUCCUUUCUGUGUAACCCUGUUCUUUAUAUUCAUUCAAUCAAGCUUGAGCUAGUGGACAAUUAUUUGAGUUGGGUGCUGUACUUACGUCUUGGAAUCAGAAUGAGCUCUCAAGAAAGAAACGAUCCAAGGGAUAAUAACAAUAGGUCGAGAUUUCCUGCCCAAAGUAGCCGUCAAGAGUGGGUCCCCAGAGGAUCCACCGCCAUUACAACCGCCUCCAGCCCUGCAACGGUUGUGAACUCACUGGCGAGUUUCAACUCUAAUCGCAACGGAAAUGGUGCGGACUUGAAUUCCAAAAGUUUGAUCAGUGAGAAUAUGGGUCGGCCUUUGUAUCAGAGGGGAGGGAAGGUGAGGAAUAGUCAUCAUCAGAAUGAAAAAGGGUCGAAGGGUGUGAAUUUGCAUAAUCAAGAGCAGAAAGUGCCGGAGGAUACACGUUUGCCUCAGCUUUUGCAAGAAAUUCAGGACAAACUUAUGAAGGGCACUGUGGAGUGCAUGAUUUGUUAUGACAUGGUGAGGAGGUCUGCACCCAUUUGGUCUUGCUCAAGCUGUUAUUCCAUUUUCCAUUUGAAUUGCGUAAAGAAAUGGGCCCGGGCUCCUACUUCUGUUGAUUUGUCAGCUGAGAAGAAUCAAGGUUUCAAUUGGCGGUGCCCAGGAUGUCAGUCUGUGCAGCUUACGGCGACAAAGGAGAUUCGGUAUCUUUGCUUCUGUGGGAAGAGGCCGGAACCUUCUUCUGAUUUAUAUCUGACACCACAUUCCUGUGGAGAACCGUGUGGGAAGCCACUUGAGAAGGAUGCUCCUGGUGCUGGAGGGAGUAAAGGGGAUGUUUGUCCUCAUGUUUGUGUUUUGCAGUGCCAUCCUGGUCCAUGCCCUCCUUGCAAGGCGUUUGCCCCACCACGGUUGUGUCCCUGUGGGAAAAAGAUUGUCUCUACACGAUGUUCUGACAGGAGAUCUGUUAUUACAUGUGGUCAGCGGUGUGAAAAGCUCAUUGACUGUUGGCGUCACCGUUGUGAACGAGUUUGCCAUGUGGGACCGUGCGAUGUCUGUCAGGUGAUGGUCAAUGCCUCUUGUUUCUGCAAGAAGAAAAUGGAGGUCGUUCUUUGUGAUGAGAUUGCCAUGAAGGGAGAAGUGAAAGUAGAAGAUGGUGUUUUUUCAUGCAAUUCCAUUUGUGGAAAACAGCUUAGAUGUGGAAAUCAUGUUUGCAAUGAAAUUUGCCAUCUUGGUCCAUGUGGGGAGUGUAACUUGUUGCCAGGAAGGAUUAAAGCGUGCUAUUGUGGUAAAACAAGCUUACAUGAGCAACGACAGAGCUGUCUGGAUCCUAUACCGACUUGUUCCCAGGUCUGUGGCAAAACUCUCCUCUGUGGGUUGCAUCAAUGUAAAGAGAAGUGCCAUGCUGGGAUCUGUGCACCUUGUACAGUUUCUGUCACCCAAAAAUGCCGUUGCAGAUCAACUUCUCAAAUAGUGGAAUGCCACAAAACAGUGAUGGAAGUGGAGAAUUUUGCAUGUGACAAACCUUGUGGGCAGAAGAAGAACUGUGGGAGGCACCGGUGCAGUGAGAAAUGCUGCCCACUUUCUAAUUCCGGCAUUUCUAUCUCUGGCACUUGGGACCCCCACGUAUGCCUAAUGCCCUGUGGGAAGAAGUUAAGGUGUGGGCAGCAUGCUUGCGAAUCUCUUUGUCACAGUGGGCACUGCCCUCCGUGUCUCGAAACAAUCUUCACUGAUUUGACUUGCGCAUGUGGGAGAACUUCAAUUCCUCCUCCACAGCCUUGUGGUACACCUCCUCCAUCCUGCCAGUAUUCAUGCUCUGUUUCUCAGCCUUGUGGCCAUUCAUCCUCUCACAGCUGCCACUUUGGAGACUGCCCUCCUUGUUCAGUUCCUGUGGCAAAGGAGUGCAGUGGUGGACAUGUGGUUAUCAGAAACAUACCAUGCGGGUCAAAGGAUAUCAGAUGUAACAAAUUAUGCGGCAAGACCAGGCAAUGUGGGAGGCAUGCAUGUGCAAGAACUUGUCACCCUCCACCUUGUGAUUCUUCUUGCGGACCUAGUUUUUCUAGUUUGAAGGCCUCCUGCAUGCAGACGUGUGGCGCUCCCAGGAGAGAUUGCAGACAUACAUGUACUGCUCUUUGUCACCCUUCCUCUCCAUGUCCUGAUGUAAGAUGUGGAUUUCAGGUCACAAUAACAUGUUCUUGUGGCCGAAUAACUGCUACUGUUCCUUGUGAUGCUGGGGGCAACAUUGGUGGGCCUAACAUAGAUACCAUUUUUGAAGCUUCUGUAAUGCAAAAAUUGCCUGUACCACUUCAACCUGUUGAAGGAAAUGGGAAGAAGAUACCACUUGGACAGAGGAAGCUUACCUGUGAUGAUGAAUGUGCUAAGACAGAGCGUACUCGGGUUCUUGCUGAUGCUUUUGGUAUCACCACUCAAAAGUUAGAUGCGCUUCAUUUUGGUGAAAAUUCUGUCAUUUCUGAAGUUCUUGCCGAUCUGCUUCGGCGGGACCCCAAGUGGGUUUUGUCUGUGGAAGAGAGGUGCAAGUUCUUGGUCCUUGGCAGGGUUAGAGGAGGAAGUGGUGCUUUCCGGGUUCAUGUAUUUUGUCCGAUGUUGAAGGAGAAGAGAGAUGCAUUGAGGCUAAUAGCAGAGAGGUGGAAACUUUCAGUUAAUGCUGCUGGGUGGGAGCCAAAGCGUUUCAUUGUGGUACAUGUUACACCAAAGUCCAAAGCCCCAGCUCGUGUGCUUGGUGCCAAAGGUUCUAGCCCUGUGAAUAUGCUGCAUUUACCGGUUUUUGAUCCUUUGACAGAUAUGGAUCCCAAGCUUGUUGUUGCUCUGUUCGAUUUGCCGAGGGAUGCUGAUAUUAGCGCGUUGGUCCUUAGGUUUGGUGGUGAAUGUGAGUUAGUGUGGUUGAAUGACAAGAAUGCACUUGCUGUUUUUAGUGACCCUGCGCGGGCAUCAACUGCUAUGAGGAGAUUAGAACAAGGCUCUGUGUACUACGGUGCUGUUGUGGUUCCUCAAAAUGGUGGGGCGUCAACGGCGUCAUCCGGUUCUAACAGUUGGGGAGGCACAGGACUGGCCAAAGAUGGAGGGCCGUCGUCCAUCUCGUUGAAGGGGAAUCCAUGGAUGAAAGCUGUGGUGCAGGAGCACAAGUUGGGCGAGAGUUCAUGGGGUAGCGGGGAGUGGUUUGGUGAUUCUGCCAAAAUAGAGCCAUCCUUGUGGAAGGGGAGGGAUGCUCCAAUUGCAACUUCAGCAAACCGGUGGAGUGUUCUAGACUCCGCAACCACUGUGAGUUCCUCAUAUGCAUGUGCUGGAGUUGAAGAUCCUGGAAAAUUGACAGUAACUCAAAUGGUUUCAGACUUCGAACCACAAACAAGCUGUUCAAAUAUGACAGGGCAGCAAGAAAGCAACCUUGAGGAGAUGUCUGAUGUAGAUGACUGGGAGAAGGCAUAUGAGUUGAAAGGGAAUGGGCAAGGGAAUUGAUGGUUUUCUAUCUAAUCAUGUAUUUUCAUGGGGAGAAGUAAAAUUGAUACCUUUUUUUGAGCGGCAGAAGUAAAAUUCAUACUCAUGUAUCGGGGAGAAGUGAAAUUUAUUAUCUCCUAUGUCUUUUUUGUUUUCUCAACUGCUAUGGGAUCCAAGUUUGUGGUGUUUUUGGUCAGGCGACCCAUGGCCUUCAUUAGGCUUUAAUAUUUGACCUUUUUAAAAUUGCUUCUCAUGCAAUCAAAAUGCAGAGAAAACUUCGAUUUGCGCUA